UUACCGCCAUAUUGAAAACAAAAUCUAGUGUUUACAAAAUUUGUUCCGGGUUUUCACUGAUUAUGGCUUAACUACAAUCUAAAUGGGGAAAGAAAGAACUCCGAUUCCGAUCAGUCCAGUUACUAAGAAGAAUGGCUACAUGCAGAAUGCUCCUAGAUCACCGGGAUCGGGAGAUUUUUACGAUUUUUCUUGCAAGGUGAUGCUUAUUGGCGAUUCCGGCGUCGGAAAAACUUGUCUUCUUGUUAGAUUCAAAGAUGGUGCAUUCCUUUCCGGGAGUUUCAUUUCCACUGUUGGAAUUGACUUCAGGAAUAAAGUUGUCAAUGUAGAUGGCACCAAAGUAAAACUACAGAUCUGGGAUACAGCAGGGCAAGAGAGAUUCCGCAGCAUCACUCGUGCUUAUUACAGAGACGCGCAGGCUCUGUUAUUGCUCUAUGAUGUCACAACAAAGGCCAGCUUUGAUAAUAUAAGAGCAUGGCUUGCAGAAAUUAAUGAGUACGCUCAAGAUGAUGUUGUUAUCAUGUUGCUAGGGAACAAAUCUGAUAUGACCAAUGAGAGGGUGAUACGCCGAGAAGAUGGUGAGAGGUUAGCAAAGGAAUAUGGAGUGUGCUUUAUGGAAACCAGUGCAAAAACAGGCCUUAACGUAGAUUUAGCAUUUAUGGCAAUAGCUAGGGACUUAAAAAGUAAGAAAACUAGAAAACCCAAUGAAGAAAAGUUCAACGUGGCAGAAUUUGUGGACAAUGAAAAACAGAAAGCUGGUUGUUGUAGCUAGUAUCCAUGGCAACCAAACAAAACAAGAGAUCUACGCAUGAUUGAGCUUGCAUUUGAACUUACAUUUGCCAAGUAAAAAGUGGAAUAUAUUUAUAAAACAGCUAGAAGAGUUCAUCAGAACUCAUAUAUGUCAUAUAGGGGUGAGGGGUUCGUAAAACAUUUACGCAAAGCCGCCUUUUUAUUUGAAUUGGGCUAUAUUUUUAACAGAUCACUAGAUAUGUUCAAACAAUUUGCAAUAUUGAGUCAUUUUUUUUUUUUAAAUCAGUUGCAAUGAUAUUUUCAAGCACCUAACACGCUAUUAUAUGAUCUACAGUUACACCGAUUUUUACCUUUAUAUGUUUAAUUCACAAUAAGUACAAUGAACUCCUAAAGGGUCUUGAUUUCAGUACAAAUGAUCACAUAUAGAUUUUUUAUGCUAGAUCGAAUAGAUCAGAUUAUUCAGCUUUUUCAAAAUAAAUAUUUAUUAAAUGAGUCAGUCAACUUGGUAGGCUGAAUGCACCAUUUAUAAGCAUUAUCAUGUAAAUACGAAACAGAUUUGCCCCUUCGGCCAACAAUUAAUGAAUAAUCAAAAUACAUUCUGGACUC